AUGAUAUUAAAAAUAUUAUUCUUAGCGGCAGCAAUUGCAACAGUAAACGCUGGUAUUAGUUAUGAAAAUUAUAAAGUUUAUAAAGUCACACCAAGGAAUGAUCGUGAAGUAAAAGUAUUGACUGAAUUAAAAGAUCAAAAUGAAUAUAUGUUUUGGCUUAAUUAUGUGAAACAAGAUGUCGAAGCUAAGAUAAUGGUUGAUCCAACAAAACAAAAUAUGUUUGAAAAAUAUCUAUCUGAAAUGGGAGUUAAAGGUGAUUUAAUUGUGAAUGAUGUGCAAAGUUUGAUGGAAGAGCAAAUAAAACGUCCCGUAACAAGAAAUACUCAGGAAUACAACUGGGACUUCUACCAAUCCUGGGAGGAGAUCGAGAAAUGGAUGGAAGAUACAGUCGCCAAAUACCCGGAUGUAGCAGAAAUAGUUACGGCAGGAACGAGUAAUGAAGGGAGACAAAUAAGGGGUAUGAAAAUCGCCUUCAAAAAUCGAGAAACACCCGUGAUUGGUAUGAUCGAAUCAGCGCUACAUGCUAGAGAGUGGAUUACUCCCCCUACUGCGACAUGGAUGAUAAAUGAACUUCUAACUAGUACAGACCCUGCGGUCAGAGAAUUGGCUGAAAAUGUCGAAUGGCAUAUCUUCCCUGUUACAAAUCCAGAUGGCUAUGUUUAUACCUUUACCAAUAAUAGAAUGUGGAGAAAGAACCGCAAUAAGUCAUUAUUCACAAACUGUACGCACAGAAAUGUCGAUGAUGAUCUUAGUAAUGGCGUGGAUUUAAAUAGAAACUUUGGAUUUAGGUGGAAUACAAUUGGAGCAUCAGACGAUCCAUGUGACAUAACCUACGCUGGUCCAAUAGCGUUUUCGGAGCCAGAAACAAUGGCUAUAGUGAACUAUGUGAAAGGAUUACAAAACAAAGGCAACAUGGUGUAUUAUUUCUCGCUACAUUCGUACUCGCAAAUGUUAUUGGUACCCUACAGUGAUGUUGGCGGUGCUGGCGUGCUGAGUGUACCGAAUUACGGUGAUAUGUUUGAGAUUGCAUCAAAGGGAGCUGAAAAGCUUCAAGCAAGGCAUAAUACGACGUAUCGAGUUGGAACCUCUUUGGAUAUUUUGUAUCCUGUGACAGGUUCCGGAUUCGACUGGGUCAAAGGCGGUGCAAAUGUACCAAUUGUUCUUUUGUAUGAGUUGCGUGAUGUUGGCGAGUUCGGUUUUCUCCUACCACCGAGGUUCAUUCGACCAAACUGUGAAGAGUUCAUGGAUUCUAUUAUUGAGAUAGAUAGAGUCACUCGUGCGUUGGGCUAUUAUCACAUUAGUUCAGGGAACAUUUUAAAAAUAAGUAGUGUUUUGAUGGCCGCUGUGUUAUUCCUGCUAUUGUAA